AUGUCUACUCCAGUGUCUAACCGUAAAUAUGGGGCACAAAAAAUUAGGCUUACAAGCUUACCGGAUCCAUUUGCAAAGAUAUCAGUUGAUGGCAGUGGUCAGGUUUAUUCAACUAGUGCUGUGAAAGCAACAUUGGAACCAAAAUGGAAUACUCAUUAUGAUUUGUAUCUCACCAAAGGUGAAGGAAUCACAAUUAGUUUGUGGAAUCAACGUAAAAUACAUAAAAGACAAGGCUCUGGUUUCCUGGGUUGUGUUAGAAUUCAGCCGUCUACAGUACACAAGCUGAAAGACACAGGAUAUCAAUGUCUGGAGCUCUGCGAGGACAGUACAGGUGAGGUAUGCGGUGUUCGCGGUCAAGUGAUAGUGUCGCUUCUGUCCCGGGACGGAGCCCGAGGCGAGCAGGCCUCUACUGUGGGCGAAGGCUCCCCGCUGGCUGUAGUGGGCCCCGCUGGUGAUGUACGAGCACCGAGGGAUUCAGUCAGUACUGAAACACCACUCCCGCCUCACUGGGAACAGAGGUUUACACCCGCUGGAAGACCUUUCUACAUAAACCAUCAGCUGUGUAGAUCACAAUGGGAGCGUCCGACUACUUCCCCCCUGUCACCGUCGUCCCCUACUAUCCCCCCUACCGUAUCCCCUAAUUCCCCCGUAUCCCAAAAUUCCCCCGUAUCCCCUAAUUCCCCCGUAUCCCAAAAUUCCCCCGUGUCCCCUAAUUCCCCCGUUUCCCCCUCCUCGCCCACCAUACCAUCUUCCCCUGUGUCCGAUGACAGCCAUGUAGCUUCUAUAUCCUUAAGACCUGAACCUCAACCGCAGACAGCGAUCCGAAGUCGUCAGCCGUCUACACCUUCAGUCAAUGUAACGCCGAUAGCGAAUACCGAUCUACCGCCCGGAUAUGAGAUGAGAAUCACAGUACAAGGUCAGGUGUACUUCUACAACGGCAGCACCCGCUCGUCCACGUGGCACGACCCGCGCGUCCCACAACACUUGAGACACUGCGCCGCGGUCGCUGGGCCACUGCCGCCCGGCUGGGAGAUGAGACACACGCACUCUGGACGGCCGUACUUCGUGGAUCAUAACAACAGAACCACACAGUUCACUGACCCCAGACUAGCUUUGACAACCAGAAUUGCGCCGCCAACUGAGCCAGUACCACCUACAAGCCCUCCGCCUACAAACGCGAAUACAAACUGGCCAGCAGAUAACGACGCUCUACCUAAAUAUAAACGAGACCUAGCGGCUAAGGCGAGAGUUUUGAGAGCUGAGCUACAAGCGUUACAGCCACAAACAGGACACUGUAGGAUUGAAGUAUCACGUAACGAAGUACUAGAAGAAUCGUACCGUCUCGUGAUGAAGCUACGUGGUAAGGAAUUGAGGAAACGUUUGCUCGUAAAAUUUCGUGGUGAAGAAGGCCUCGACUACGGCGGAGUGGCCCGCGAGUGGCUCCAUCUGUUGGGCAGAGAACUCUUCAACCCGCACUAUGGACUGUUUCAGUACGCUAAUGCUGGCGACGAUAGAUACGCUUUACAGAUUAAUGCUGACUCUGGGGUGAAUCCGGAACAUCUUUCAUAUUUCCAUUUCGCUGGUCGUAUCCUCGGCGUGGCCUUGUUCCACGGACACCAGCUGGACGCUGCCUUCACCGCACCCUUCUAUAAACAGCUACUAGGAAGACCCAUCACACUCAGGGAUAUACGAGAUGUUGACCCUGAACUACACAGAUCACUGUCUUGGAUGCUCGAAAAUAGCAUAGCCGGUGUCAUAGACACGACGUUCUCCGUCGAGAGUUCGUCAUUCGGGGCGGUGCGGAGCGUCGAGUUGAGGCCUGGCGGUACUAACGAACCGGUUACAGAUUCAAACAAAAGAGAUUACGUACGUCUGUAUGUAGCGCAUAGAUUUACUAGAGGAGCGGAAAGGCAAUGGCUGGCAUUACAAAGGGGUCUCGCUGAUAUUAUUCCACCGCAACUCCUACAACCACUAUCUCCCAGAGAUCUCCAACCUUUAUUGGCUGGGAGAGCUGAUCUAGAUCCUGUUGACUGGAAGAGGCACACUCGCCUGAAACACGUGAAUCCAGACGCGCCAAUUGUUGGUUGGUUCUGGGAGAUAGUCGAGGAGUUCGACGCGGAAAUGCGAGCUAGGUUAUUGCAAUUCGUUACCGGAUCAAGGCGCGUUCCCCUCGCUGGGUUCAGAGCUUUACAGGGUUCCACGGGAGCGGCGGCUCCUAGACUAUUCACUUUGCAUUUGGUCGCUGACGCGUCACCGGAUUCCCUUCCCAAGGCGCACACGUGUUUCAAUAGACUCGAUCUCCCGCCAUAUCCAUCCAAGGAAAAAUUACACGACAAACUCAAACAGGCCGUGUUGGAAACGGCAGGAUUUGCCGUCGAAUGA